AUGAAAGCAACAGUUGCAUUUGCAUUUCUCUCUCUGGCCCUUUUCUGCUUCUUCUCAGAUGUCACCAGUCAAGGAGGAGAGAAGGACAAAAGAGCCUGGAUUCCAAGGUUAUCGAGUCGAGUGUUUGGGAAAGGUGGCUUAACAACUCGUCACUCUCACAUGGACUGCAGGGAAUUUCGAGACCCCAAGGUAUUCUGCACCAGAGAAUCUAACCCACAUUGUGGCUCUGAUGGCCAGACUUAUGGCAACAAGUGUGCUUUCUGUAAAGCGAUGGUGAAAAGUGGUGGAAAAAUGAUGUUAAAGCAUCAGGGAAAAUGCUAA